AUGACCUCCUCAAUGUUGCUGAUGCUUCUCCUUGUGUGGCUCCAUUCUGGUCUUUGGUUCAGCGCUGACAGUUUCAAGAGAUGGGUAAUUGGGGGCAAGGAAGCGAGGCCCCAUUCUUGGCCCUUCAUGGCUUCCAUCCAGUUGAACAGGGAGCAUUUCUGUGGCGGGUUCAUAGUACGGCGCCAGUGGGUUAUGACAGCAGCUCAUUGCCUAAUUCCCAGGCAGUCAUCCUCUGCUCGGGUUGUGCUUGGCGCCCACUCUCUCAAAAUUCAUGAGGCCUCUCAGCAGAUCUUGGGUAUCCAGGAGUCUAUUGCUCACCCGAACUACGAUCCUGGAACAGUGAAAAAUGACAUCCGUAUGCUCAAAUUGAAUGGGUCAGUCAUUUUCAACCAGUUCGUCAAACGCGUUCUGCUCCCCCCUCCAGAGACUGACCUCUUGCCUGGACUCACCUGCCAAGUGACCGGCUGGGGAGAUGUUUCGAAUUUUGGAACUAUCCCUACCACACUGAUGGAAGCCAACACAACAGUUGUCCGGAGGGAAGUGUGCAAUGCCUCGUGGGCUGGACACGUAUUCGACUGCAUGAUCUGUGCAGCAAACAAGAACAAUGCCCUGCGCGGAUUCUGCUCGGGUGAUUCCGGUGGACCCCUUAUUUGUGGAAACAGAGUACAUGGGAUCGUUUCCUUCAACGGAAAGAGAUGUGGGGAUCGGCGUUUUCCAGAUGUCUAUACCAGGAUCUCAAAAUAUAUCAGCUGGGUCCAUGAAGUGAUGGAGAUAUUUUGAGGGGAGGGUGUGGGAGCAGCUGCAUUGGGUACUGUAGGA